AUGGCGUCCUCGAGUGAACAAAGUCGAGUAAGGGAAUUAUUUGAUUCAAUGACUUUGGGAGUAGUUCGAUCGCUUGGUAAGUCCUCUUUUCAAAUACUCAAUUUACACUUCCUUUAACAGAAAACAGGUAAGAAACUUUUAUGCAAAUCUCUGAUUUAAUUUUAAUGAAACUCAAGGUAAAAUCUGAAAUAAGCUCACCUGUCAAUAUGCCGCUAUUCUACUUUUUUUUUUUUAGAAAAGAAGCCAGGUGUAACAGAUGUCCGUCUACUUGAUAGACAACCAGCGGAAAAACACAUUAUCUUUACUUGGGAGCAGGUAAUAAUUCAUUUUCUGAAUAAACAUUAUCGUGUGAAGUUACAUUAUAUUGACCGGUGUGUUAUGAGUAGCAAAAAACGAUUACAUGCCAUUCUCAACACUGUAUAUUUGAUAGAAGAACAUGUGUAUCUUGCCAGAGGACUUGAAGAGUUUUUUCCUCACAACAAAUGGACUGUUAAUUCAGUGGAACAUCAAGUUUGAUGGUAAUUAUUGACAAUGCAUCUUUGAAAAAAUAAUGCGAGUAAAAGUAAAUGUUUCCUGGUGCCUUCACAGGCUGCAGGAAGCAGGAAACUUUGGUCAUAAAGAGUUUUGGGUCACUUGGCUUGUAAGACUUCUUAGAAUCAUCACUGAACAUUUUGACUGUUUGAUUCGUUGUUUCAUAUCUAUUUUCUCCAUUUUAUCAGGGAGUGUUUUACCACUGGGAAAAAUGGAGCUGAAUCCUGUGACAGGUCUAGUGUUGCUGUCUAAAGCAUCAUCUGUUAGUGAUGAAAAACCCUCAUUGGCUGAUUUAGAUGCUGACUCAGAUGAAGAAGAUGGCCAAGGUAUUGACCAAACAUGGGGACAGAUCCAGGAAUUUGACAGAGGGAGGGGGGGGGGGAAGCAUCCUUUGAUUAAAAAAAAUAAUAAUAAUAAAUAUUUUUCUUUAUGUUGGACCCUAACAUAUAUAAGCAAAGGAAUGAUUCUAUCUAAGUGAAUAUAUUUGGUAAGAAGUAAUAUGUGAUCCCACAUUGCAAAAAGCUUUCUUUCAAAAAUGUGACAGAUCUGGUGGAGAGGGAUCUGAACCCCACUCAUCCUACCCUCCUAGAUCUACCACUGAAACAGGACCUUAAAUACCAUGAUUUUGUCAAUAAUAAAGAUCUGUCCCAGCUAAAACUGAGAAGUGCUAGUGAUCAUCAGAUGAUGUUCUUUGCUUUGUUUUCAAUUCCUCACCAGGUCAUAUAAAACCACACUUUGAUAAUCGCUGCAAGGUUUUUGAGCUGGAUCCAUGUGACAGCUAUGGUAAAGUCUGUUUGGUUUACAAAGACAUCAAAGCUGGUGGGUGAAGUUGGACAGUUCAAAUAAAAUCGUAGAUUUUUCCAAACUGCCAAAUGGUUGACAUAGAUGUUGUGGUUCAAUUUUAUCCUUGGUUCAAAUUUUGUUUUCUUUUGUUUUUGUGUAUUGUAAUGUAUGAUAACAAGUUUGAAACAAUGGAAAAUAAAAUUUGAACCAAGGAUAAAAUAGAACCAAAACAUAGACAUUCUUUUAUGUCAACUAAGUUCUUGGUAUUGGAAUAUCCAUCAUUUUUUCUGUCUCUUCUCUGCAAGUUUGCUAGUUCUCAAAAUUAGUGGAUUUUUGGUAUAUGCCCAAAAUAGAGAAGUAAAAACUUGUCAAUCCUCGUCACAAUAUCCUCUUUUCUCAGGAGUAACAACAGGACAACCUGAGAUCUGGUUUCUUGAUCGUUCACUGGAAUGGUGGUAUCUUGCUUCAUCUUUCACUGAUUAUUUCAGAAUGAUGAUAGUACAUCUUGGCCUUCCUCUCUGGCAAUAUCUUUUUACUGCAACAGGUCUAAGUCCAGAAACAAAGGUAGGCAUAACUUAAUUUGUGAUUUUGUAUCAAGUUAAUCAAUCACUUAUUAUUGACUGAAGAUUAAUGCACUGGAUUGGAAGGUCCUGAUUUGAGCCCAUGGACUGAGUGGUAAAUAUGAUGUGUUGUUGGGAAAGACUGUUGACACCAGAAAUUCUAAUUCUCUCAACUUUGAAUUUUAUGAUAAAUGUGUACUAGAAACAGUUUCAAAAAAUUUUGGAAGUGCACAGAGGUUACUUCCAUUAGACUAGCAUUCGCUUAAGGAAGAGCAACUUGCAAUGAAGUUUUCAGAGCAGACUCUCUCUUUUGGUGUUCAUGGUUUUUGCAGUUAAAAAAUUCCUUAUUUAUUUCUGAGGGUUGGUAUCUCUGCAGAAACUUGGUGGAAACUGAUGGGAAAUCAUUUCUUCUGUUUACAGCAAUGGUUCAAUCUCUAUGCACCUACUAGAUUAGCCAUUGACAUGGCCAAUGUGGAACAAAAGGCCCAACAGAAGCCAAAUUCAACAGAAAGAAAUAAGUCUGCCACAAAUCUUCCUUUCAACUCAUUAGAUGUAAACAGACUCUUUAGAGGUAAAACUGACAAAGGAAAGAGUAAGCUAUCCCAAGCAAAGAAACCACCUCUGGGAAAGACUCAAAACUCAAGUCAGGGUCGUCAGGGGCAGUCUGGUAGAUCAGCACCAAGAUGAAAACAACAUGUUUUAAAUUUCUCCACUUUGUGAGAUGUGGUUACCAUUGCUGUUUUAUAAGACUGAGGUACAGCUCUUUAUCUUAAAGUGCACUUUGAUGUGUGUUUCAUGAACAGCAAAGCCACAACUUUUGUCUGAAAAGCACCAAAGGAAUAUAUUACUGGAAACUAACUUACUGGAAGUCAAGGUUACCUAUUGCUUUUGAAAAUAGCAAAAAUGGAAAUGCAAUUAUUUUGUAAAUGAUAUUGUAAAUCACCACCUUCCCCAAUCUCGAAUUUGCAAUGGGGAUGGGAAAGCAAAACAGUUUUGAGCAGGGUUCUAUCAACAUAAUAAUAUUACAAAGAAAUGAUGAUGUGUUGACAGUUCUGUCACCGAUCAAAUCCCUUCCAGCUUCCAUAUUUUAAGGGGACGUAAACUGCAGCCCCCCCCCUCUUAAUUGGAGCAAAUGAGUACUUUACCCUUUAACUCCUAGAAGUGAUGGACAUGUAACUUCUCCCCGUAAAAUCCACCCAUUAUCCCUGAAACAGGUACUAAGAAUACUCACAUUCAUCAGGUGAAAGUUUUUAUCCUGAUCUAACACCAAAUUCUUGUAACUUAUUAACAAGGAAAUGUUUAGCAGCUAGAGGGAAGAAUUGACAAUCACAUCUUGGAAGUUAAAGGGUUAAAGUUUCACUGAUUAAGUAUUUUGUUCAAAUUCAAUAAACCAUAAGUCAUAUGAAUGUAAGUAUCCAGGAUAUACUAGUAUUUACCAACUACACAUUUGUGCUUCAUGUAUAGUAUGUAUAGUACUAAUAUUUAAAUAAAAACUAAAAUUUGAUCAAUCCAAUUAAACACUUCACUACAGUGUAAGUCUCUAUCUUUGGCAAACACAGUAUUAGACAUCUGAUGCAAAAAAAUAAAUAAGGUUACAAGAUUAUUGAAAAGUAUAUAAAAAAUUAAUAGAGGAAAUAUGAAAAUACUCUGAAUUAUGCAUGGAAAGCCUAAAAUCAUGGAAACAUGCAAAAUUAAUUCUCAUCACAAGUUCCAAUCCUGUUUUCUACCUGCAGCAUAAAGCUAUAUGCAGGCUUUUGGAUCUCAAAUAUGUCUAAAUUCAGGGGUGUGUUCUGGCACAGCCCUGGUGCCACAGGUGAUUAACUUUGUCAAAGAUAAAAGCACCUCGCUGGGAACCUGGGAUCUUUAAGAUAAGAACCUUUAGCAAUACUGUGAUUCUUCUGAGAAUACAGCUUAAAAAAUGGAUGAAUCAUUGACCCUCACACUGACUGCUACCACCAAUUCUUUAUUUCUGAAAAUUAAACAAAACUGACAAGGAAAGACACUAAUUAAAUACUUCUAAAGAUUAAAUAGACUUCUUCAAUUCUGUCUUAAGCUGUCACUCUGAUUGUGAUGCUUCACUUGAUGAUGGUGACGAUGAUGAUAACAUGUCCUCUGAAUCGGAUAGUCUAUCACAGAGUUCAGCAAUCUUUUUUCUUGAACUUGCUUGAGCUUUUUUCCUUGGACUUUUCCUGUAAGAUAAGAAUAAAUGUUGCUUAUUGCCACAAGAAGCAGGAGCCUUGUUCUUCAAAUCUCAAGAUCUGAUUCAAGUUAGAAUUCUACCUUUUGGUUACUAUACAUUUCCUUGGAAAUUAAUUAACUAAAGAGACCUUGGUACUAUAGCAACUGAAGAUAACACACUCUUGUUGACAAAUUAAAUUAUUCUUAUCCCUAAGUAGCUGGAUGAUGCAGUGAAAGUACAAGGAAAAGAGACAAGAAGACACUGAUUUUAUCAAUGAAAAUUACUUAUUUCAAAAGUUCCAGUCUUUCUCAUUAGAGAGGAUUUGAAUUGAUAGAACUCUAUUGUACAGAAAAAAAUAACAAGAACUUGACCCUUUUACUCCC